AUGACGGAUGGUGCAGGUUCAGGUGUCAAUGUUGUUCCUCCUUCGAAUCACUUUGACAAAAACAGAGUUUUGGAUGUUAAACCACUGCGGUGUUUGAUGCCUGUAUUCCCUAUUAAAUCUCAAGCUUCCCCCUUUUAUGUGCACCCUCCUUUUGGUCUAUUUUCAUCAGGAUUUUUACCGUUUUACCCUUUUAAUGCACCUGAAUUCGCCCAAACCACCCCAGAUCUUAAUGAAACCCAGACUUCGACUCUUCAAUUUCCCAUUCCCCUCCAGGCAUUUCGAACACCACAGUCUCAUUUGGGGGGUGCAAGUUCCUUAAAGAAGAGAGGAAAUGAGAAGAGAAACCGUGCUGUUUCUAUGUCUACUUUUAAAGAAAAAGUGUCUGCUGUGGAUUUUGAUAGUGGGAUCAGUUCAUCUGAACGAGAUGAUGGUAACAUAGAAGUGGUUAAUAAUGUGCUCAUGAGAUUUGAUGUAGUUAGAAGGAGGCUUAGUCAACUAGAAAAAGUAAAGGAGGCACUUGUGGGUUUACUUAGGCGUGCUGACUUGAAAGCAUCCAAUAUAUUGAUGGGCAAAGGGGUGAGAACAAAUAUGAAGAAGACAAUUGGGAUUGUUCCUGGAGUGGAGGUUAUACAAAUUUUUUUUUUUUUUCAGAUGGAGAUAUGUUUGGUGGGUCUACAUUCACAGACCAUGGGUGGCAUUGACUAUAUGGUUCCCAAAGCAGAAUCAUCAGAAGAGCCAAUUGCAAUCAACAUUGUUUUAUCCGGUGGGUAUGAUGAUGAUGCAGAGGAUACUGAUGUCUUAAUUUAUAGUGGUCAAGGUGGAAAUACAAAUAAGAAAGAUGGGCAAACAUCUGAUUAG